AUAGAUCUUACACGUAAUGGAUCCACGUAAAACACGGAAUUCAUUUGUCCACAUUAAAAAAUUGAAUUGAAAUAUAGAACAAGACUUUUAGUCAACUCGAUCAUGCCGUUGCAAAGCCAUCACUCCAAGAGAUUCCAUUCCUAUUUCCCUUGAAAUUUCUGCGCUAGAUCUUGUUUACUUCCACCACAUAUAUCGCUCCACCGCGAGUAGAUUUUCCAGAAUGGCGGAGAGCAGCGACGCCGGAGGAUGUGGUAAGUGUUGCUGCAGCUUCAUAUUCACUUCAGGCUUAACAGCUCUCUUCAUGUGGCUGAGUCUACGUACCUCAAAGCCCACUUGCUCCGUACAGCAAUUUUUGGUCCCUGCACUCAACAAAACCGACAAUUCCACCGCCGCCAGGAACAACCACACCAUUUUCUUUGAAAUCAAGCUUGAUAAUGGGAUGAAAGACAAAGGCGUACACUAUGAUCCCAUAAAUUUCACCUUUUUUUAUGAUCAAAAUUAUAGCUUUCCCAUAGCCACCUACACAGUGCCAGGGUUCUACCAGGGUCAAGGUAAGCACACCAGCCGGAAAGCGCUGGUGGAGGCUAACGGAGUGCCGUGGGUGGCAGCUUUUGAGGCUGUUUCAAAUGGGUCCCCGGUGUCUUUUAGAGCGGGAUUGGCUACUAGAGUGAAGUUCAAGAUCUUGUUUUUUUAUACAAAGAAACACAAUCUGAUUGUGAAGGGGGAAAUACCGGUGGACGACUCCGGUAAGAAAAAGAAUAAGAAGGGUAUUAAACUCAAGUCCAACGCACCCCAUGAGAGGAGCCAUAGGCUGAGACUGGAAUUUGGGGUGGUUAUUUUCACUUUCUUCUUAAUCUUUUUGCUAUAAAUCUUAUAUUUUGUUUGGUUAAUUCAUGGCUAGAAUCUUCUAUGAUUUGAGGUUCUUUGAAAUAGUUGUGUCUUUGUUAGAUAUAAUUGCAUAUCCAUCUGUAACAAUUUAUCCAACCAGUGAAUUUUCAGAUAUCCACAACCCCAUCUUUAACAAUUUCCAGGUUCCAUUGAGUACUUGAACUUAUUAUGUAACCACUCAUCUCUGCUUCUUUUGUUCUUGUCGCAUCAAUUUCGUCUCCCUCAAACUUGGUUGUUGUUCUAUUGUGUCUCUGUAUUUCUUACUCUAACUUUAAUCGAAGGUUAGACAAUUUAUGAAAUGGUUGUAGUAUUGUAAAAAGAAGUUCACAUAUUCCUCAUGAAUUCCUUUCAAUUCAAGCCAUACUCCUUCCUUUCCCAUUUCAAUUCAUUACCAUCUUCCACAGGGAAACAGCCUUUUCGACAUGCUUGAUUGUUGCGAAUGGCUAUGGUUGUAUUAACUGCUGCUACACUAAUCUGCUGCUUAUUUUAUGCUGUCCUAAUUGCUUUAUUGUGAGUCUACAAAUUCUUUUUCUGGUAUUGGUACUGCUACUUCAGUUUCAUGAAUUUUACUAUUUUAAUUUA